GUUGGGAUCUUUUGCAGGGUUUUCCCUCGUUUCACCACCUACAGCUACUUCAUCGCAGAGGAGACACCGAGGAAGAAAGAAUGGCAGUUAAUUUGGCAAGACGAUCUCUUAUAAGCUCCUCUGCAUCUGCAACAAGAAUCCUAAGCGGGUGCAAAUCAUCAUCAUCAUCAUCAUCUUUUGUUUCUGGAGCGAGUAAGGUUGGAGGAUUCACUCCUGCAAGGCCCACUUCUCAUGUUUCUCGGCAUAAGCUUUCCGUUUUCUCCAGGCUGCCAAUGGAGUUAGGUUGUGCACAGUCUUUGAUGCCAUUGCACAGUGUUACUGCUUCAGCAUUGUUCACCUCAAUGCUUUCUUUAAAGGGUGGAAACUGGGGAUGGCUCUCCGAAGGAUUUGCAACGCCUCUAUAGCAGGGUCAAUGGGUUUGUCCUCGUCAUUGUGUUAAAUAAUUUAUGUUGAGCUUCAAAGAAUAGCGAGCCAUGCAGUUGACAACUUUGACUCUCUUAUCUUCUUAUGAUAUUUGAGUUACGCCUUGACAUAUUUCAUUAUUCCUUUUGUUGUUCCAAUCUUCCAACCUGUUGAGAUGGUUAAUAAGAAAAUUCAUUAAAUUGUUGUUGGUUGAGAUAUUGCUUUUCCCCGUAUUACCAAAAAACGAAAUGUUUCUUUCUCCAUACAGCCAAGUAAGAUUUUCCUUG